CAGGUCUGGGAGUGCGGGAGCAGCAGGAGUGGCUUAGGGUGUGGGGCGUCGAGGAGGGCGAGCAGCCUCAGUUGUGUGCUAGGUGCCCCGGUGACGUCUGCGCCACCAGUUUAUUGCUAGAGGGUGGGAAUGAAUCACUAAGCACAGGAGACACAAACCCCACCUAACCUCUGGGCUCCAGGCAUGGGGAAGUCAGUUUGAAUGUCUGGACUGACCAAAGGAGUGGUAGUGGGAGCCUUAAAGAAAGGCCACUGUUCGCUCUGAUUUCUGGUCUUGGGGAUUAGGCCCGCAACCUCAAAGCCUCAGGCAUGAAUCUUUUGCAUAACCACUGUGCUGUCUCUUUGACAUCUGACUAAGAUGGAGUUACCUUAUACAGAAUUCACUGUGAGCCUACUACGCAAACAAGGCAAUGAUUAUACACAGAGUGGUGUUAAAUUCCCGACCUGGAAAAAAUGGUAAUCCAGUAGCAGAAAAUUUUCGAGUGGAAGAAGUAAGUUUACCGGAUGCUAUCAAUGAAGGACAAGUUAAAGUCAGAACUCUGUAUCUUUCCGUGGAUCCGUACAUGCGUUGUAGGAUGAAUGAAGACACUGGGAGUGAUUAUCUAACACCCUGGCAGCUGUCUCAAGUGACUGAUGGUGGAGGUAUUGGGCUGGUGGAAGAGAGCAAACAUGCAAAUUUUACUAAAGGCAAUUUUGUGACUUCUUUCUAUUGGCCCUGGCAAACCAAGGCAAUUCUGGAUGGAAAUAUUCUUGAAAAGGUGGACCCAAACCUUGUGGAUGGACACCUUUCUUACUUUCUUGGAGCUAUAGGUAUGCCUGGUGUGACUUCCUUGGUUGGGAUACAGGAAAAAGGUCAUAUCGUUGCUGGAGCUAAUCAGACAAUGGUUGUUAGUGGAGCUGCUGGUGCUUGUGGAUCCUUGGCUGGACAGAUUGGCCACUUGCUAGGUUGUUCCAGAGUGGUGGGAAUUUGUGGAACACAUGAGAAGUGCCUGUUUUUGACCUCAGAACUGGGCUUUGAUGCUGCGGUUAAUUAUAAAAAAGGGCCUGUGGCAGAACAGCUCCAUGACGUGUGCCCAGCUGGAGUGGAUGUUUACUUUGACAAUGUUGGUGGGGACAUCAGUAAUACAGUCAUAAGGCAGAUGAAUCAGAACAGUCAUAUUAUCCUCUGUGGUCAAAUUUCUCAGUACAACAAAGAUGUGCCUUACCCUCCUCCACUACCCCCUGAUAUCGAAGCAAUCAGGAAAGAAAGAAACAUCACAAGAGAAAGAUUUAUGGUGUUGAAUUAUAAGGACAAAUUUGCAUCUAGCACUCUGCAGCUGAGUCAGUGGUUUAAAGAAGGAAAGCUAAAGAUCAAAGAAUCUGUGAUAAAUGGAUUGGAAAACAUGGGAGUUGCAUUCCAGUCUAUGAUGACAGGCGGUAACACUGGAAAGCAAAUAGUCUGCAUUUCAGAAGACACCUCUUUGCAAUCUCCAUAAAAAUCUUCAUUAAAGGAAAUACAUAUUUCCACUUUGCAAGAUACAUUUAGUAAACCUCAGUAUGCAGAUAGUUUUUAACUAAAAUGUGAUCACAGGUGAUAUUUUUUUAACUGCACAACCUAAUUCUUUCCUACACUGAACAUGACUUACAGUGAUAGAAGUCAACAUUCUUUUGCUAAAACUAAUACUACAUAUAUUUUGUUAGAUACUAUGAAACCACUGGACAUUCUUUUUUUAGAUAGUGAGAGACACAGAGAGGAGAGCUACAAAAGCACUGCUUCACUGCUCCACAGUGCAUGGGCCUCCCAUGGAGUGGCCAGGAGGCUCCAAACUGAACCACAUAGGAAAGUGCACUAUUGGCUUUUGCCUAUUGGCUUUCUCCCGGCCCUCUGCAUAUGCUUAUUCUAUAUCAGUAGACACACACUGUCAAAUGGUUGUAAAGAUUUCAAAGGCAAGGAGAUGUGAACAUUGCUUGUAGUUUGAGGUGAUGAAUAUGCUUUAGACAGUAAAGACAGCUGAAGAAAAUGUUAAGACUGACAUGCCUAAGGCUCUGCGGUCCCAGGUUUACUCCCCAGCACCAUCAUAAGUUGAUUAGUGCUCUGGGGUCUCUUUCUAUCUGUAUCUCUCUUUCAUUAAACAAUAAUUAAAUAAAAUAUUUCAUUAAAAA